AUGUCAAUUUCAGCUGUGCUGCGAAAUAGCCGGACGAGUGCUUUGUGUGUGCUUGUAGUCUUAAGAAAAUCUGUUAGGUCAUUUUACACGUACAAAAUGGCAGAAAAACCAGCGGACUAUUUAUCGACAAAUGGUUUCGAAAGUAAAACACCGUUCUUGAUCGGUGUAGCUGGCGGCACAGCUAGUGGCAAGUCCACUGUAUGCCAACGCAUCAUGGAGAAGCUUGGUCAGCAGCACAAAGAGCACACUGAAAGGCGAGUCGUCUGCAUCAGCCAAGAUUCCUUCUACAGAAGUCUGACAGCACCAGAACGUCUCCGAGCUGAACGUGGACAAUUCAACUUUGAUCAUCCUGAUGCAUUUGAUGACAAGAAACUGCUAGCAACAUUAAAGGACAUAUUGGCAGGAAAGAAAGUUGAAAUUCCUGAAUAUGAUUACAUCUCAAAUUCCAUAAGCAAUCGCACAAACACACUGUACCCAGCUGACGUUGUGCUGAUCGAAGGUAUCCUGGUCUUCUACUUUCCCGAAGUGAGGGAUCUUUUUCACAUGAAACUGUUUGUUGAUACUGAUUCAGAUACCAGACUUGCGAGACGAGUUCCGAGGGAUAUAAUGGAACGUGGCCGAGACUUGGAGCAGGUGCUCAACCAGUAUAUGAACUUUGUGAAGCCAGCAUUUGAAGAGUUCUGUCUUCCGACAAAAAAAUUCGCUGACGUCAUUAUCCCGCGAGGAGCAGAUAAUUUAGUGGCUAUUGAUCUAAUCGUUCACCACAUUUGGGAUAUAAUUUACAAGAAGCACCCGCCGAGAGCUACUAAUGGCGCGACUUGUAACGGACACCACGAUGUGGAUGAGGCGAACGGGAGGAGGCUGUCUGGAAGCUCGGAGGACACUCUAAGUCGAUAGUUCGGUCUGGACGCGUUAGCUUUUGUGACAGCAUACGUACGUUUGCCGUGAGCUUUGAACUACGAGAUAAUUCUGGAACAGUAUAGAAGGUUCGAUGAAUAAAAAAUUCUCACGUCACCUCUCCUACAAAUCUAUGUCGCUCUACUGACGUGUUCUCGACAAAUAAAACAAAAGAUUGCGCAUUCACAAUUCUGCCUAAACAUGUUUUAUAAUUGUAAUAGGUAAACUAGUCUUUAGAUUUAAUGUCCCGUUUAUUUUUUUUGCUGUCGUAACAACUCUUCGGAUACUUCACAAUUUUAUUGGUCAUGUGUUAAUAAAAAGAAAAAAGCCACAGAUAUUUGCGUUAUUAUUAACGGUGGAGCCUAUUUCUCGCAUUAAGUUUGCUUGCGCGCCGUUUAAAUUCUAAUUUAGGCAGAAUUAAGAGUCAUCGAGUAUAUUUUUAUAAACUGUUUGGUUGAUACUUUAAGGCUCACGGCAAUAGUAUCAAUACUGUUAAGGACCGCUCGCAUGGCGCCGCGGUGGUGUGGCCCGACCCUAAGGCAUGUUUAAAUAUAAUAUAUGUUCGUCACAAAAGCAUUUGACCAUAGGAUAUUUGACGCUAUCGAUUGUCCCUUUUGUAAUUGCAUUAAAACACUUUGUUUAUCGAUUGUUCCUUGUGUAAUUGCAAUAAAAAACUAUUUUUGAUGAACCGAAUUAUUGACAAAAGUAUAUUCUGCACCAAUAAAAGGAUACAUAAUAUAAUCAGUUCGGUCACAUGCCCUAGGUUUGGUUCGUGUCUUAUGACGUCACAGUUUAAUAAACAUCCCAUAAUUGCUCUUGAAGUUUGCCUAUAAGUGCACCGUGAUGAACCAUUUCUUCAUAAAAGUAAUGUGACACAAAUGAAAUGCGUUUUGGUGGAAUAUUACUUUUAAAUUUAAUUUUAAUUUGUCAUUAUAAUAACUGAAUGUUUAAAGAUGUUAUGAAAAGACACUGAGCUAAUACCUAAGGAAUGAGUAUGCAUUUUUAUAUAAUGUAUUCGAUAAUUCAGUCAAAUAUCCUAUUCUUAAUGAAGGCAUGUAAAACUUACAUUUAAGUACUUAUUAUAUUAACAUUUUAUAUUAUAUGUAAAACAAAUCCUGUACACUUUGUGUAUACGAAAAUGUACCGAUAUAGCUGACGAUAGGGUCGAUUAUUCUUUAUUCGCAUAUUUCAUUGGAAAUAUUUCGAUGGUUUCAAUGAACACUACGCUAACUCCAAAUUCGUAGGUUUACAGGAGGAGCGUUUAAAUGAAAA